GCAAAAACAACAACACUAUAGUGAAAUUUUGCAUUCAUUUUUUGUUUGUUUGCCUUAAAAAAGAACAUAGACAGGUGGAGCGAGCAAGCUAAAAAAAUACACUAAAAAUAAGCCAAAAAUCAUCAAUCUAUAAUUUAUAUUAAGCCCUGUCGCAGCAUGAAGAAAGUAGCCCCAGACCGACGGCCCUAUUGCGAUUCCAGGCUGCAGGAUGUACAAGUGAGGCGAAAACGGACUUUGCACCUUCCCCGUGUGAGUAAGGCACACAAAAAAGGAGACCGAAGACCCCUCAAUGAUUGUCCAUUCUACAAUUUGACUUAUCGUUUCGAUGAGUUGCCGCUGGACCCCGUCAAGGAGUUCAUGAUGGAGAAAAUAUCUCACAUGCAAACUGACAAUAUUGUUGGUCGUUGUAAUCGCGAGUUUGAGCUCCACUCAUACGAAAUGGUCGAUGUGAAGACUUUGUACGAGGAGUGCGACGAUGAUAGCCUGAAGGACCUUGAGCUGGAGGAUAUCGUAAUGCCAGAGAAAUUCGAAAUGCUCCGCGAUGCCAAGGAUCAUAAAUACAAUUUUGAUAAAUCAGCCUGUAAUCAAUUUCCCUGGAUUGACAAAUGGAUGACUGGCGUGCGUCCCAGCGAGCAGGAAAUUUUCGAAAUGACCACCGAACUUCUGGAAAUAUACCGACAACGUCGGGUUCGCAUCUUUUACUUUGACUCCGGCACCCGUUCUUCGCUUUGGACCAAUCAGUUGCGGCGCCAGCAUGGAGGUCCUUCAGAGCUGAUUGGCUCCUACGUCACACACACGGCCCGGCACUUACGCGUCAAAACACUGCGCAGCCAGCCUAAGAAGAAGAAGUUUGAGCCCGGCGACCACUAUGCCCUGCGUACGGUACAAGAAUGUCGUAAUGAGCUGAUCCGUAUGGGAAAAGUCAUAGACGAACUCAUAGAACCAGAGCUCGCUGAAGCGAAGUAUAACAUUGAAAUGGGUCGCUUGAAGUAUCCAGACCCACUCAGUUGUGAUAAGAAAGCUGAAAUCAAAUUGAAGAAACAUCCGCCAAAGUGCAAGGUGACCACCAAUCGUAUAAAACGCAAGAACUUUAAAUCUGAUGAGGAGUUUCUUUUGUGCCUAAAGAAGAUGGAGGCCACACACUUUGCUUAUUUAACACCCCUGCAACCCGUUGAGCCAGAGGAACAGAAACAGAAAAUAUUAAAGGAUUAUUACAAAAGGUUGCAGAUUGCCCAAGAAAAGUUCACUCUAAAGAUAGAGAAGCGCUACAAAUGUCUCCUGCGUAGUAUCUCCAUACUGCAAUUGGAAACGUACCCCUCGCACUUGAUACGCAAGACCAUAUGCUACGUUAAUCCGCGCAAUCCGCUGCUGUUGGAGGCCUACGACUUCAUACUCAAGGAAGAGAAACAGUGGCCCAAACUUCCUCCAGAAGUUAUAUUAAUGGAUUAUCUGUUUGGAGGCGACCAUAACGUACGACAAAACAUUGCCGUGUUAAUUAUUGUAUGUCUUAUUGAUCUGCAGGAAGAUUUUCGUUAUCACGUAAAGCGUGCUUUCGUACGCUAUCUGCUUAGAUCCAAUUUGGAGCGCAAACGUCUGCAGCUGGAGAUGGAACCCCCCGACUUUCCUGUGCUCACCAUAAUGCCACCAGUGCCAUGGCGUACCAACUUACUGACCUGCAAGGGUCGCAUUGGACAAGUUUUGAUGAUCACACAUCCGACAAUACGAGCACUGAACCUGCUCUGGCAUCAACUAUAUGGUGAUCUAGUUAUUGUGGAUAUUGCAAAGCUACUGCUAUCGGAUCAACCUCUGAAUGCGGACAUUGUUUCAGAGUUUGUGAAAAAGAGUUGUGCAGAGGUGCGAGACAUUCUAAUUAAUGAUUGGCUGCCGCGUUGCGCCGAUCUGAUGAACCUGAUGCGCAAUACCUGGAAAGACAUGGUGCCUAUGCAUGGAAAGUUCGGCGGCAGGGGCGAAGUGCUCUUCAAUUGUGUGCACUCGCUGAUGUCUCGGCAUCUGUACAGCAUCGUGCAGAAGAGCUUGAAAUAUCUGUUUAAGGUUAUCUGUGCAUACAAGGGUGGAAAUGAUAUUGAGAACUAUAACAUGUUCGACCCGAAACUUGGACGCCGACCACUCAUGACGCUCAUUGCCUCAGUUGUGGGCGCCCAUUUCGAUAAUGAUUUUAUAGAAAUGGGCCCGGGCACGCGGCCUCCUGAGAACAUCUAUGUUUUUGAUAGCGAUGAUGCGGAUCCUUUUCAACAGCCGUUGGUCAAUGUGUUUGUUGAAACAACACCCGAUAUUGAUGAAGUGGCACAGUUUGAGUUGGAUUAUGCGAACAAACUCUAUAUCUAUCCGUAUAUAUUGGAGCUACCGCACAUAUUCACGGAACACUUUACGGCAAUUUUGCGAGUCGGCUAUUAUAUACCGCGACUGGAGUAUGUCAUGUCAGGCGAAGAUCCAGAGACAGAGGGCUAUUUACAAUUUAUCAGUCAAGACCAUGGGGACUUUCAAGAACUGUGCACAAAGGUUGAAGAAAUUGUUGCGCGCAAUUGGCGCGGUAUCUUCAUUUAUCUAAAGCCCAUAUAUAUGUACUAUUAUGCCUUAUUUAACAAAAUGAUAAGGCCUGUGGUGGAAAAAAUCUGGACUGAUAAUACAUUACCAGAUUUGACGGUUGUUCAGGAGUUAAUGAAAAAAUUGCGCGCCGUCAGCGAUACGACCUAUUAUCUGCGUGAUUUUAUACCGUUAAACAUGUUCAUGCUGGAUAAUCGACAUGUUAAGGCCUCAAUACGAAUGUACGUGCAGGAGAUCUACGACUUCAUAAUUGAUUUUUAUAAGGCACUGAAUCUGAACGAGAAUCGAGCCAUCUGCGAGGAGCUCGAGGAAAUGUCGAUGAAGGCUGGCGAGCGACCAGAGGAGACGCCCGAAGUGGUGGCCCUGCAAAACUAUAUAUCUGAGUGCCGGGAGAUGCGCAUAUUCGCCAUAAAAGAUGAAAUCAAGAACGUGUUGAAGCGGGUCGUAUUCCUGCUGACACAUGCAUACCUGUCCGACGACGACAUUCAUCUGAACACGCGCACCUUCAUACUGCCUGGUGAACUGGAGGAGGUUCUAGAUCUCAGUGCGGCUCGUUUGGCCGUAGUGCGGGAUAACCUAGAAGCAGCUUUGCGUGAGCGUCGAGCCCAAUUUGAAAAGCUCCUAAUACAGGAGAAACGCACCAUGGAUGGCUUUCGCAUUAAGGAAAUACGUGAUGUUAUUACACUGGAGGAUCUCAAGGAGCGUGUGGACACCGUCGAUAUGCUAUUCAAUACUAUAGAGAAUUUAAGCCGUGAGGCCAAGGCCAUAAAUGUGGAAGAGACCUUGUUACAAAUCGACGUAUCUGCCUUCCCGCUACUGGCGGAAAUCAUUGAGAAAAUGGAACCAAUUGAGAAACUUUGGAAGACAUCGUAUGAAUUUGAAAAGGAUUAUCUCAUUUGGAUGUUCGAGCGCUUCGAAUGCCUAAAUGCGGACGGCGUGAGGGAACAGGUGGAGAAUAUGCACAAGAUAAUGUACAAGCUGUCACGUCAACUGGCCUACAAUCCUGUAGCAAAACGUGCCGCUGAACAGAUGCGCAUGAAAAUCGAGAAAUUCCGCGUCUAUCUGCCCGUUUUGGACUCGAUUUGCCGACAUGGCCUAGAGAAACGUCACUGGGAUCUGAUUUCGGAGCACUUGGGACGCAAGUGCAGCCCCAAGCUUUUCCCCACGCUCAAGGACAUGAUUGACGCGGACAUUAUGAGCAUAUUGCCGCAACUGGAGGAAAUUGCCAACGCUGCGGGCAAGGAGUACGAUCUGAACAUGGCACUGAAGAAUAUGCAGUCUGACUGGAAGGACGUCAUGUUCGAGGUACUGCAGUAUCGCGACUCGGACACGCAUAUCCUGGCCGGUAUAGACGAUAUUCAAACACUGCUAGAUGACCAUAUUAUGCGAACACAGGCAAUGAAACGCUCGCCAUUUAUUGUGGCUCUGGGAUCAAAAGCUGAUGAGUGGGAAACGCGGUUGUUGCUCAUACAGAACAUCAUCGAUGCGUGGACACAGGUGCAGGUAACAUGGAUGUAUCUGGAACCUAUUUUCAGCUCUGAGGACAUUAUGCGUCAAAUGCCACUGGAGGGGCGAAACUUUAAAGCGGUGGAUAAGACGUGGCGACGCAUUAUGAAGAACACACUGCUGGAUAGACAUGUUAUGGCGGCAACCGAAUACCCAGACAUGUUAAACAUUUUCUUGAAGGCCAUCGAAGACUUGGAAACCGUGCAGAAGGGUCUCAACACUUAUUUGGAACAGAAGCGUCUGUUCUUCGCCCGCUUCUUUUUCCUCUCCAACGAUGAGUUGCUGGAGAUAUUGUCAGAGACAAAGGAUCCUAUGCGUGUCCAACCACAUUUGAGAAAAUGUUUCGAGGGCAUUGGUACGCUCAACUUUGAUGAGAGCAUGGAGAUAACCGAGAUGAUCUCCGAUGAAGACGAGCGCGUGGCUCUCGUGCGCAAAAUCAAUCCACAGGCGGCAAAUGGUCUCGUUGAGCUCUGGCUUAAGGAGGUGGAAAUGGUGAUGUUGGACAGCAUGAAACAGCAAAUGCGUGAGGCAUGGGAAGACUAUGCAAUGGUGGAGCGAAUUCCUUGGGUAACCACCUGGCCAGGACAGGUGGUGCUGGGAAUUUCGUGCAUGUGCUGGACCUACGAGGUGGAAGAGGCCAUCGAGAAGAAGACGAUGCCACAGUAUUUGGAGAAGUCCAAUGCCCAAAUUGGCGACUUGGUGCAAUUGGUGCGCACGGAUCUACAUUCGGGAACGCGCAUCGCUGUCGAGGCGCUGAUUGUGCUGGACGUGCACGCCCGUGAUGUGGUCAAGUAUCUGGUUGAUAUGAAUGUGGCCAAUAUACAGGACUUUGAUUGGAUUUCACAGCUGCGCUACUAUUGGAAAGUGGACGAUAAAAAUGAAGACUGGGUUUGCGUUAGUAUGGUGGUCACUGAUGUUAAAUAUGGCAUGGAGUAUUUGGGAAACGUGCCACGCCUGGUUGUGACUCCCCUUACCGAUCGAUGCUACCGAACUCUGAUGGGAGCUUUAAAACUCUGCCUUGGAGGAGCUCCGGAGGGUCCGGCCGGUACUGGAAAAACAGAGACUACCAAGGAUUUGGCAAAGGCUGUGGCUAAAAAGUGCGUAGUCUUCAAUUGUUCGGACGGCUUGGACUAUAAGGCGCUGGGCAAGUUCUUUAAGGGCUUGGCCCAAUCGGGCGCCUGGGCCUGCUUCGAUGAGUUCAAUCGCAUCGAACUGGAAGUGCUGUCGGUGGUCGCGCAACAGAUUCUAACCAUACAGCGGGCCAUUGGACGCAAGGUUGUGAAAUUCUUUUUCGAGGAUACAAUGCUCAAACUGGAUCCGACUUGUUCCAUAUUCAUAACCAUGAAUCCGGGCUAUGCUGGUCGAACUGAGCUGCCGGACAAUCUGAAAGUGCUUUUCCGCACAGUGGCUAUGAUGGUGCCGGAUUACGCCAUGAUCGGCGAGAUCACUCUCUACUCCAAUGGCUUCGACAUGGCACGUCAUCUGGCGCAGAAGAUCGUGCAGGCGUACAAGUUGUGCUCGGAACAGUUGUCAUCACAGUCCCAUUACGAUUAUGGUAUGCGCGCCGUCAAGUCUGUGCUGUUAGCAUCGGCAUCACUACGACGCCUCUAUGUUGACCUGCCGGAGCCCGAGAUUGUUUUGCGUGCCAUUGUCGAUGUUAAUUUACCGAAAUUCCUGGAACAGGAUAUUUCGCUGUUCAUCGGCAUAUACAUGGAUCUCUUCCCGGGCGUUGAACUGCCAAUGCCGCAACGUGAUGACAUACUAAAGUGGCUGCACAAGAAUCUGGAGGACCGCAAUCUGCAAGCCACGCCCUGGUAUGUUGAAAAAAUACUUCAGAUCUACGAAAUGCUGCUGGUUCGACACGGUCUGAUGAUAGUGGGUGGCUCGAUGGGUGGCAAGACGACGGCAUAUCAGGUGCUCGCCAUUACAUUACGCAAUGUGGCGACAGACGAGAAUUGUACACUUAAGGAAUAUCCGGUUUCCUAUCGGAUUAUCAACCCAAAGGCCAUUACCAUGGGCCAGUUGUACGGUCGCUUCGAUCCCAUCUCUCACGAGUGGUCUGACGGUGUGCUCGCCAAGACUUUCCGCGAAAUGGUGCAGGGACCCCGGUACGAACGCGCCUGGGUAAUGUUCGAUGGCCCCGUGGAUGCGGUGUGGAUUGAGAAUCUUAACACUGUACUCGAUGAUAACAAGAAGCUGUGUCUUAUGUCCGGCGAAAUUAUGCAGAUGACCAAGCUGAUGAACAUGAUGUUUGAGCCGGCCGAUCUGGAACAGGCCUCGCCGGCCACAGUCUCGCGCUGUGGCAUGAUCUACAUGGAACCAUCACAGUUGGGCUGGCGUGCCUUCCAUCACAGUUUCAUGAAUGUCUUGUCAAAGAAUGUGGGUCUGAACGACAUAUAUUUGAACCUGUUUGAGGAUAUGGUGAAUUGGCUAGUACCUGCCGCACUCGAGUUUCUACCGCAGUGCAAGCAGAUGCUGGAGUUGUCUCCUCUCUAUCAAUACCAGACCUUUUCGCGCUUUUUCUUGCACUUCCUAGAGAAGCACAAGGUCUUUAAUCAGACAUGGUUCCAACAAAUGUUUCUUUUCUGCUACGCAUGGGCUUACUGCUCGGCAUUGACGGGCAGCGGGCAGCGUACUUUUGAUACGCUACUUCGUAAGGUGAUCUACGGAUCGAAUGAAGAUUAUCCGAAACCCAAGUAUUUUGCACUUAAUCGCGGUCAGAUGUUUCCCGAGAAGUUGGUAUUCCUGGACUAUCGGUUCGAUGAAGCUGAAAAUUGGUGGACCUGGCAGAAGUCAAGUGACGAUCCUUCCGCGCUGGUCCAAUUCCCGGAGAAUGCCCAAAUUAGUGAACUAAUCGUGCCCACAAAAGAAACGGGCUACAUUUCGUACUGGCAGGAGUUCUGUAUAGCCAAGUCCUACGGCAUGUUAGUUGUGGGACCUACAGGCACAGGCAAGAGUGCCAUACUGACCAGUAACUUGUUGGCAAUGCCCAAGUUCGCCAAUCUGGUUAAUAUCAUUAAUUUCUCUGCACGCACUUCUGCACAAAUGGUGCAGGAAACCAUAAUGAGCAAACUGGAUCGGCGGCGCAAGGGCGUUUUUGGGCCAGCGUUGGGAAAGAAGUGCACAGUCUUUUGUGAUGAUGUGGCAAUGCCUUCUAAGGACACUUAUGGCUCACAGCCUCCACUGGAGUUGUUGCGCACUUGGCUGGAUCAUGGCUACUGGUCCGAUCUGAUAGAUACCACCAAAAUUGAAUUGGUGGAUAUGACCCUCGUCUGUGCCAUGGGCACCCUGGGAGGCAGCAAUUUUAUCUUUCCGCGUCUCUACAGACACAUGUUCGUGGUGGCUGUUGACUCGUUUGAGGAUGCCACCAUAGUCAGGAUAUUCACAGCAAUUGGUGAUUGGCACUUUGCCAAGGGGUAUCCCGAAAAGGUGGCCUUACUAUCGCGGGGAUUGUCCGAGGCAAUGGUCAGUGUAUAUCGUGAGGCCAUACGCACAUUCCUGCCCACACCGGCCAAGUCGCAUUACACCUUUUCCCUACGCGACAUAACGCGAGUCUUCCAGGGCAUAGUCAUGGUGCCAUCGAAGCGAAUGCAGGACCCGGAAAAGUUGGGUCGUUUGUGGGCGCAUGAAACUUAUCGCGUUUUUUACGACCGUCUGGUCGACCAAUGGGAUCGUGACCGUUUGCUCACGAUGGCUAUGGAUGCGUGCAAGACCUGUCUGCGUUUUCCUCUGGAGCAGGCUUUCGCAGAGCGCAUCGAGCCGGGGGAAAAGUUAAGCGAUAACGACUUGCGAAACCUUUUCUAUGGCAAUUACAUGGAACCAGAUGCCGAGCCCAAAUUCUAUGACGAGUGCGAUAGCUAUGACAAACUCGAGAAGCUUAUGAAGUACUAUUUACGCGAAUACAACUCUUUCUCCAGUACACCCAUGGAUCUGGUCAUGUUUCGGUUCGCCAUUGAGCACGUUAGCAGGGUCUCGCGUGUCCUGCAAAUGCCACGUGGAAAUAUUCUCAUGGUUGGCAUGGGUGGUUCCGGUCGGCGCAGCUCCUGUCGCCUGGCCGCCUACAUUGCCGACUGCCGCCUGAUGACAGUGCAAGUAUCCAAGUCCUACACCAUUGCCGACUGGCGAGAUGACUUGAAGAAAAUACUAAUGGCAUCCAGUUUUAAUUUGAAUCACACUGUAUUUCUCUUCUCCGAUGCACAGGCAACGGACGAGGGCUAUGUGGAGGAUAUCAAUGGCAUACUUAAUACCGGUGAUUUACCCAAUCUCUAUCAAAUAGAGGACAAGGCUGCCAUUAUGGAGAAUAUGACAAAUGUGGCCAAGCAAUUGGGUAAGGUGCUAGACUCAUUGCCAAGCGAGGUGUAUGCCUUCUACAUUGACCGCAUUCGGGAGCAAUUGCACAUCGCACUGGCCUUCUCACCCAUCGGGGACUCGUUCAAGGAGCGCAUACGUGUGUACCCCUCAUUGAUAAAUUGCUGCACCAUCGAUUGGUAUAUGCCUUGGCCGGAAGAGGCGCUGCAUCGUGUAGGCACCUAUUUUGUCAGCUCGAUGCAUUUGAAUAGGCCGCAGGGGGAGCGACACGAGGAGCCGGCUGUGACUCAGCCAAGAACGUCAGACGAGAGUGGUAAGAGCGACGAAAAUCGAGAUAGUCGUGGCGAGGAGGAGCGCGAACUAACGCAGCUCGAGGAAGAAUUGGUCUAUUGCGUCAAGUACUUCCAUCAGUCAGUAAUAGAAGCAAGUGAGAAGUGUUAUCUGGAGCUGAGUCGACGUAAUUAUGUAACGCCCUCGGCCUAUUUGGAGCUGCUGAAGGCCUUUCGUUCCUUCUACUCGCGCAAACUGGAUGAAAUUACACGUUUGCGCGAUCGAUACACCACUGGUCUUGAAAAGCUGGAUUUCGCCGCCGGACAAGUGGGCGAGAUGCAGGCCAAUCUAUAUGAUUUGCAGCCCAAAUUGAAAGUACUUUCUGAGGAGACGGACAAAAUUAUGGUUAACAUCGAACGUGAAACGGCUGAGGCAGAGAAAAAGAAGGAAGUUGUAGGUGCAGAUGAGGCAGCGGCCAAUGAAGCUGCCGCGGCAGCGCAAGCCAUUAAGGACGAUUGUGAGACCGAUCUGGCUGAAGCCAUUCCAGCAAUGGAGGCCGCCUUAGAGGCGCUUAAUACCCUUAAACCUGCUGAUAUUUUUGUGGUGAAGUCCAUGAAGAAUCCACCUUAUGGUGUCAAGCUAACACUUGAAGCUGUGUGUGUGCUGAAGGGUCUCAAGCCGGAUCGUAAGCCCGAUCCCAGCGGCCACAUGGUUGAGGACUAUUGGGGACCAUCAAUGCGUAUGCUGAGCGACAUGAAAUUUUUGGAAUCAUUAAAAACAUUCGACAAAGAUAACAUCCCGCCACCUAUCAUAAAAAAGAUUCGAGAAAAAUAUAUAGCCGAUCGUGACUUUGUCCCAGAGAAAAUCAAGGCAGCCUCCAUGGCAUGUGAGGGCAUUUGUAGAUGGGUGCGUGCCAUGGACGUCUAUGACAAGGUCGCUCGUAUAGUAAUGCCCAAAAAAGCUGCUCUAGCCGAGGCCGAGGCGGACUUGUCACAGCAAAUGGAAAAACUCAAUGGCAAACGGGCCGAGCUGCAGGUUAUUCUGGAUAAGCUGCAAAAGCUGAACGACUUCUUUGCGGAAAAAUCGCGGGAAAAGAAACGACUGGAGGACGAGAUCGACAAUUGCGAGAAAAAACUGAACAGAGCCGAAAAACUGCUUGGCGGCCUUGGUGGAGAAAAGACGCGCUGGUCCGAGGCGGCUAAGAAUCUGCACGAGUCCAUUAGCAACAUUGUGGGUGAUGUGUUGCUCGCAGGUGGCUGCACAGCAUAUUUGGGCUUCUUUACCACCGAGUAUCGGGUGAACAUUUUGGACGACUGGACUGCAGUAUGCCUGCGUCGACAUAUACCGUCCAGUGAGUCGUUCUCGCUAGCCGGUACCUUGGGCCAUCCCAUGACCAUACGAGCUUGGUCCUUAGCAGGCUUACCGGCUGAUAACUUUUCCGUGGAGAAUGGCAUCAUCGUGACAAACUCGAGUCGCUACUCACUGCUCAUUGAUCCACAGGUGCAAGCCAACAAGUGGAUUAAGAACAUGGAGAAGAACAAUGGCCUGAAGGUGAUUAAGCAGAGCGAUACUAAUUAUAUGCAAGUGCUGGAACUGGCUAUUACGUAUGGCCAGCCGGUGCUGAUUGAGAACGUGGGCGAGAAGCUCGACUCGAAUCUAACGCCCAUAUUGGAGAAGAACGUUAUCAAGCAUAAGGGCGGUCUGUUUAUCAAAAGCGGCGACACGAUGAUAGAGUACAAUCCCGACUUUCGCCUGUACAUAACGACCUGUCUGCGCAAUCCGCAUUAUCCGCCGGAAGUGAUGGUUAUGGUAACAGUAUUAAAUUUCAUGAUAACGGAACAAGGAUUACGCGAACAAUUGCUAGCUAUUGUGGUUGCGCACGAGCGUCCCGAUUUGCAAGAGAAGAAGGAACAAUUGAUUAUUGAAUCCGCAAGGAAUCGUGAUGCAUUGUACACAAUCGAAUCGAAGAUAUUAGAGGUUCUCUCCACGUCCGAGGGCAAUGUGCUGGAAGAUGAGAAUGCCAUAAACAUUCUAUCCUCAAGUAAGAUUCUGUCCGAGGACAUACAGGAGAAGCAGGUCAUAGCUGUGGCUACUGAGAUUGAAAUCGAUGCGGCUAGGCAGCAGUAUAUACCGGUGUCCAAGCACUCAGCAAUACUUUUCUUCUGCAUCAGCGAGUUGGCCAAUGUGGAUCCGAUGUACCAGUACUCGCUGCCCUGGUUCCUCAAUCUCUUCGUCAAUGCCAUCCUCAAGGCGGAUAAGUCGGAUGUACUGGCCGAGCGACUAAAGAAUCUCAAUGACUACUUCACCAAGUCGAUAUACACAAACGUUUGCCGUUCGCUGUUUGAGAAGGACAAGUUGGUCAUAUCGCUGGUCAUGUGUCUGGGGAUUUUGGUUUCACAGGGGCGUAUUGAUAGAGACGACUUGUUAUUCUUUUUGACCGGCGGCAUAGGUUUUAAGAAUAUUCCGCCAAAUCCAUUAAAUGCCUGGUUACCAGACAAGGCUUGGGGCGCAAUUUUCCGUGCCAGUGAGCUGACUGGACUUAAAAACAUUCACGUAAGUAUGCAAGAAAACAGUGAGCACUGGAUGAAGUACUACGAUGCAGUCAAUCCCAAUGAAAUGGAAAUACCAAAGCCCUACAACAUGGUUAAUGAAAUGCUUAAUCUAGUGGUGCUUAAGAGCUUGAGGCCAGAUAAACUAGUUCCUGCGGUUCGCGCCUUCAUAACGCGCAACCUGGACAAGUCCUUUGUGGAGCCGCCACCCUUCGAUUUGGGGGCCUCAUUUGCGGACAGUUCCCCGAGAAUACCGUUGGUGUUCUUGCUGUCAGCCGGCUCCGAUCCGAUGGCCAGCCUCUUCAUGUUCGCCAAACAACGCAACAUGUACGACAAAUUGAAAACCAUUUCAUUGGGUCAAGGUCAGGGGCCACGUGCUGAAAAAAUGAUCAUAGAGGCGGCACGUCACGGUCAAUGGGUCGUGCUUCAAAACUGUCACGUGGCUUUCAGCUGGAUGGGCGACUUGGAGCGCAUAUGCAAUGACACGUCGCUGACUGAUGGCGCCCACCAAGACUACCGCCUGUGGUGCACUUCGUAUCCAAGCCCUGUGUUUCCCGUCUCGGUGUUGCAGAACUCGGUCAAGAUGACAAAUGAACCACCGAAGGGUUUGCGUGCGAAUAUGCAUCGCUCGUUCACAUCCGAUCCGCUAAUGCGGGACAAGUUCUUCACCAACGCCUUUCUCUUCUCUGACUCUGCGAACAAGUGCUGGUUGCGUGGAGUAUUCGGCUUGGUCUUCUUCCAUGCUGUGGUUCAGGAGCGCCGGGAAUUUGGACCGCUUGGAUGGAAUAUACCUUACGAGUUCAACGAGUCAGAUCUGAAGAUCUCAUUGCUACAACUGAAGAUGUUUAUUGCGCAGAGCCAUACGAUUCCCUUCCGCGGUCAUGUCUAUUUGACUGGCGAGUGCAACUAUGGCGGCCGUGUGACUGACGAUAAGGAUCGCCGCCUGAUAUUAUCGCUACUCAACAUGAUAUACAAUCCAAGAACUAUUGAAGUGGACAACUAUGCGCUUUCCCAAUCCGGCGCGUAUCGAGUGCCAUUAAGUCCCACACGUUUGAACUCUAUAGAGUACAUACAAACCUUUCCUUUGAGUCCACAGCCUGAGGUCUAUGGCUUGCACGAGAAUGCGGAUAUAAAUCGCAACGUGAAGGAGACAAAUGCGCUUAUCAGCGGAGUUUUGCUGACCCAGACAGAUCUCAUGGCUUCCGUAAAGGCCAGUUCAGCCGGCGGUGCAAAGGAAGAUCCGGCCAUUGCUAUUUGCAAAGAGUUGCUCAGCCGACUGCCCGAAGAGUUCGAUAUUGACGAGGUCUCAAAGAAGUAUCCCGUAAUUUACACCAACUCGAUGAAUACUGUGCUGCGUCAGGAGCUCAUUCGUUUCAAUCGUCUCCUAUCCUACAUACGCAAGAGUCUUGUAAAUGUGCGCAAGGCCGUUGUGGGUCAAAUCGCCAUGAUACCGGAGCUAGAGCGCACCCAUGCCUCGAUGGUGAUUGGCAAGCUGCCGGCGGAUUGGCUGAAGAAAAGCUACCCCUCGCUUAAACCUUUGGGUAGCUAUGUAUCAGACUUUUUGGCGCGCUUGGUCUUCUUUCAAGAGUGGAUCAACAGCGGCGAGCCGAUCGUUUACUGGAUUUCGGGCUUCUAUUUCACACAAUCCUUCAUCACUGGUGUGCUGCAGAACUAUUCUAGAAAGAACCGUUUUCAGAUCGACAUGAUAUCGAUUGAGUUCGCAGUUACCAAAUUUGAGAUGCAAGUGAACGUAACUCCAGAAGUAGGUGCCUACAUACGGGGAAUAUUUAUAGAGGGUGCGCGGUGGAAUCGCAAGACCAAGGAACUGGACGAAUCAUUUUCCAAAAUACUAUUUGAUACUCUACCUGUCGUCUACUUGCGUCCUGUGUUGAAGACUGGCGAAGACGCGGCAGGACACGGCGGCGGUGGCGACUCCGACGAGAUUUACGACUGCCCGGUUUACAAGACCAGCGAGCGCCGUGGCGUCCUCUCCACCACCGGCCACUCGACCAAUUUCGUGAUGUACAUGCAGCUGAAGUGCUCGAAGACCCCGAUGCAUUGGAUUAAUCGUGGCACAGCUUGCCUGUGUCAGCUGGACGAUUGAAAAACGCGGCCCGGAUUUAAUGCGUCCAUCUCGUGUUGUUUUUGUUUAUUUUCAUAUAUGCAAUGCAAAAGCCUAUUUAUAUUUU